GGAAGGAAAAUGGCGACUUGGCAACACGAAGCUUUCGUUUGGCGAUUUUUGACAGGUUUUGAAAACGGAAGAGAAUUUACUUUCUGACGAGGUGACAUUACGCCAGGCAUGAUGCCGAAGUAGACCUAACACCUGUGUGGGUCAGUUACAUUUAGUGAGCCUACAUUAUCGUGAUAAUGUCAUCCACCAAUGAAAUUUCCUCCUCGCCUGUGAGCCCCAAUCAACAUGGUGCCGCCCUUGUAUCGGACCCACCAACACCGCUCAACACAAAGGCCUCCUCCAUGACAGACUCAGAUAGUCUUGCUGAUAUUCAGCAGGAUGUCACCCAGUGGGCUGCAGACACCAGAGGGCGCUUGGAUAGGGGGUUAAGGAGAGAGACAGAGUCAGUGGUAAUGGAGAAAGAUGUGUUGGAAUUAAUGAGACAACUGAGGGAGGUCUUCAUUGUUACACUGCAGAACAACAGCCCAGCGUACUGGAGAUUACUGCAAGAUGUCCUUGAUGUCAUUAUUCCUUACACCCAGCUCAUUGGAGAUAGACCAGAGAUUUCUCAUUAUGUGGAUAGGAUUUACUAUCAGGCCCUGCAGAGAGCUAAGAAACAGCAAACAGGUCCCAAUAUCAUUGAUAGUCUGUCCAGAGUCUUCCCAAAGCGUUCAGAACUCCUAGCUGUGUCUGGUGGAGAUGACAGGAAUUUCCGUACGCCUACCCCACCCAAAAUGAGCUUACCCAGCUCAGAUGAUAACCAUUAUGACCCAAUGCUCCUUCCCAAUGGCAAACAUCCCUACACACUGGAACGACCUGGUGAAGAAGCAGGAUUCCAGCCCAGAGGACUUUACUUCAGUGAUAUACGAGAAGCUUUGCCUGCUGUGGUACAGGAGACUACCAAACGUGAAGCUGUUUGGAGCGAGGGAUUAGGUCUGACAGCGGCUGCACUCAACCUUGACUUACAGGAGAAGGUAUCUUCUGGAUCUGUUCUUGCCCAGACAUCCACUGCACAAGAAACCACACCCUCCUGGACUGUAGACUCCACCCUCUUUAAGGAAGACUAUGCCAUCAGCGAAGAGGAAGAAUCCCUUCCCCCACCCCCACCCUUGACAGGCAAGGAAGCAGUGGAGUUAUUUGGCAAGGGUCGUCACUUAGGCCAAGCCAAGUUUGUCUACCUUAACAAAGCACCAAAUCGUCACUUUCGUCCCUAUGACCUUGUAGCUGUCCCAAAACACAAGGCGGACCCCAAUGAGCAUUGGAUUGUCUCCUGCUUUGGCAUUAUGCAUAAGGUCAAAGGUCAGACAGCAGAGAGCAUGUCAUUGUAUGACUGGCAUAGAGAGGCCGUCUUGUGGAGCACGCUGACUAAGAUGCCGUUCUUUAAAUAUUUCCUCAUCAGGAAGGCAUUUCACAGGUGGCUCUCUAACAAGAAAUUCCUGGAGUACAGUAAAAUUCGUCAUCAUGUGCAGCAAUCGCUGCUACUUGCUGUACCUGUCUUUGGUGCUGCCUUGCUGCAGGUGUCCAAGUUAUUACAGGAACUGUCUACAGUCAAACUGCUGCCCUUGGAACAAGACCAUUGUUUCACCCUUGCUGAGUUUGAGCAUGCAGCCAAGAUGAAGCAACGAGCAGGUGAAGGAAUCUUGGACAAAUUCUUCAAUUACUGUAAACUAAUCAUGGAGAGAACUUGCCAGGAUUCUUUUGACAAGUUACAUUUCUGUGAAGCACAGGCUAAGAAAGACAAGGCACUCUUUUCAAAAGAGUCCCUGUAUGUUCAACGUCAGAAGAAAGAACAGAGGGAGCAAAACCUGAAAAGGGCUCAAGAGGAGACAAGGCAUCUUGGCAACUUUGUUCAGCUUGUAGAUCAGAUCUUGCUAUGCCAUCUCCUAGCUCUAGCCAGGACUAACAUAUGCCACUUUGUCAACACCACCAUGGCUAACGGUUCAGAUGCCAAGAGAGAGGCACUGUUUGCAGCCAAGCUGGUCUUUACCGAAGAAAGUACUCUGAGUUUGUACCCCAGCAAGGAAACCUUCACAGACAGUCUGACCAGUCUAUUGAAUCAGAUUCCAAUGCUUAUCAGUAGUAAGUCUCAUCCAAUGGAGACAGUUACCAGUGGCUGGAUAGGUGGAGAGAAAGAAACGGGUCAAGCAGCAACAUCACCCAGGACAAAGACUGGUCACGAUAGACCUCUACAGGCAGAGUCCAUUCCUGACAACAGGUCAACUGUCACCCAGAAGUCUACCAACACAGCCCGCAAGUCCGUAGUCACCUUUAAGUCCGGCACCAAGACGGAUGUAGCGCAGACAGUGAGCACCUCUGAAGUAGAUCUGCCUCAGAUGGAUGAUGAAGAGUUUAGUCAUGGAUCAGACUCUCAUGAUGGGGAGAGUGAUUAUGGAAGUAUGGAUGAGACAGACUGUACUCCACGCCAGACACAGGAAGGAGAUGAGACUAUCAGUGCUCCAAUUUGGUCAGAAAGAGAAGAAAGAACCAAAUCUACUGACCAGCUAGGGGUUGCAACCCCUGACCUUGUCAUGAAGGCCUCUCUGCAGGAUGACCUGCAGGUCAAAGGUCGGGGUAUGAUGGGACAAUACAGCCCACUGAACCAGAACAAUCUGAUUGAUACACUGGAGAAUGACGUUGAGGUGACAGCAGCCAUGACUAACUAUCAAUCACUGAUGGACUCAGCGAUUCAUGACAUCAAAGCUUUCUGUAAUGAGCAGACAUGGCUAAUGGAGAUCCAUCAAUUUACAUUGAGUUGGAAGCCUGAAUCUGUCCAAGCCUGGAAACGAGCUCAAGCAUAUGCUGUGGAGACAAAAUUGGGUCAAAUCAGAGACUGGAGUGAAAAGGUUCGCAACGUUGACAGAACCUUCAGGACUAGUAACGGCCUCUUCCUAGUAGACUGCAGUGCCAUUCAGGAGGACCUGGUUCCGGCCUUGACUGCAGCAUUCAGAGACCUGCUGAACUUUGUUGCCAGCGAGGCGAAGAAGUUCUCCAUGGCAUUCAUCUCAGAGGUCAAGAUGGUUGUAGAGGGAAUGAAGAACAAAGACACAGACAUAGCUGUCUUUGCCAAUUAUGCUCAGCAGUAUAGCACAUACAAAGUCAAGAUGCCAGACCUACAGAAGGAGGUCGAGUACAUCAAGUCGCUCUUUGAGGUGAUUCGUCUGAGUUACCGAUCCCUGACGACCGAUGAGGAGAAAUGCGAGGAGAAGGUUUGGCAGAGCUGGGAGGCCUUCCUGCUACAACUUCAAGAUGCUGCUGAGUUUGUCAACACUCAGACACCCAUCCAGAUGAGCUACUUGGAGGAUACUUAUGAGAAACUGAACUCGGAAGCAGUGCGUAUUUCAAGUACAGCAACCAGUGGAGACUACCUAGACCCUUCCAAGAACCCUACUCAUCUCCUUCCACCCCUCAAAGCACUGAUAGAGGAGUUCAACAAAGUUCAGACUGGCAUGGUGCAAUGCAGUCACUACCGAGAGAAAAUCAUGGGUCAGAAAUUUGAGACAUCACAGCUUGGUGUCAUGCUAGCUAGGAUGAAGGUCAGGCUGACUCUCUGGAGCUAUGUCGAGGUGUCAACUUAUAACAUCAAGGAUUGGAAACAGCAGCUCUUCAGGAAGAUGAAUGUGAGCAAGGCACUGGACAAGGUGACUGAGUGGCAGCAAGCAGCUGGACAGUUGAAACAGCAGCUACCACCAGGAGAUCAAGUCUUGGCUCAUUGGUACCGUCUGCUAUCAGACUUCAAGCAGGAUCUGCCACUACUCAAAAAGUUGUCCAGUAAUGCUCUCAAGCCUCGCCAUUGGAAAGCUCUGUUUGUCAGUCUAGGUCAAGUCUAUGAACCUUCCCACUUCUACACCGUCCAAGAGCUACUGUCCUUCAACUUGAGUGAGCAUAGCCUACAGAUUAAUACCAUCUGUAAUGGAGCAGCUGGUGAGUUUGCCUUGGAGCAAUCCUUGAUCAAGCUGAGAAGAUUGUGGGAAGACAAGGAAUUCAAGCUGGCCAAGCAUAUCCCAGUUAUCAAGGCCAAGAAAGUUGUUGAUGGUAAACACAAGAAAGGAAACAAGGGUCUGUCUAAAGAUAUUCCAGUCAGACAAUCAGUGGCAGCAGCCAUGCCAGCAAUCACCAACAUACCAGAUAUGUUUAUACUGAUUGGAGAGGCGGAGCUGAAAUAUAUGCUGGAGGACAAUCUGGUGACACUACAAUGCAUGCUGGUCUCACCCCACUUGGCUGACCUACGAACUGAGGCAGAGGUCUGGUGCUCAACCCUCAGACGUGUACAAGAGAUAUUAGACCUGUGGACUGCUUGCCAGACUAAGUGGCUGUACCUUAGCCGUGUCUUUGGGGAUGAGAACUUGAGACAGGAGUGUCAGAAUUUGGCCAAUUUGUUUGAAGGUGUGGAUAUGAAAUAUCAGGAAAUCAUGAAAGCUGUUGUUGCAGAUCCCAAGGUGUUGUCCAUUUUGGAGAAACUCAAAAGUCAGAAAGGUCACCGUGAGUUGCAGGGAGAUACACUACGAGAGCUGUUGUCAUCGCUGAUUGUCAAACAGGAAGAGAUCCUGAAGGGCCUGACAUCACUCUUAGACCACGCCCGUGCCGCCUCACCACGCCUCUUCUUCCUGAGUGACGAGGAGCUUAUUGAUAUGCUGUCCAUGACCAGAGACAAACGUCGUUGGGUGCCGCUGGUCAGACAGCUCUUCCCAGGAGUUCAGAAUCUCGACUUUGCUUUGCCAGUGGCCAGCAAGGAGGAAACAGACAUGAUGCAAACAUCAUUUGACUUGCAACUUCAUGCUCACAGGCUCCAGGUAGUUGCCAUAGAGGGCGCUCUUGGAGAAGAUGUUGCCCUGGCCACGCCCCUCAGCCCUAAACUAGAGCCAGCACAGUGGGUGGCCGGACUGGAGACUACUAUGAAGAACACCCUUGGAGCACAGCUGUUGGCUUGUUUGGAGACUAGGCUGAGAGGAGAUCGUACUGCGCCAGACAAAAUCCUGGCUGAGCUCUGCCUCUUGGAGAGAGAAGCACCUUCUGCUGAUUGUGAAGAGGCAGUGCUGAAGAGCGCCGUCAAGCGUAGCUUCAGCCAUUGGUUAUUGCGUUUUCCUAUACAAUGUGUGCUGGUUACAGAAGCCAUCCUGUGGUCCCAAGAUGUCAGACGUGUGUUGAAGGAGGGAACUAGGGAGAAGCUGAAGAUUUUAAGGGAACGAUAUCAGAGUCGUCUGGAUCAGUACGUAGCCAUUCUUAGGGAUAAUUGCAGCCGAUAUCUGUCUUCUGAGACCAGGACCAGACUUCAUAUGUUGUUAGGAUCACUGGUCAGUGAAGGACUUCACCAACGUGACAUUAUGCAAACCUUGAUGUCACUGCCCGAGCCUUCCUUGAAUAGCUUUGACUGGCAGAAGACAUUACACUAUGUUAUGGAGAGCAGACCAAUACUGCAAGUACAGAAUGAGACAGCAGAUGACAUGGAAGAGCAAAUAUAUGAGCCUGAUACCCUGCCUACAUCUCAGCCCCAGCCAUUCAAAUCCAUCACAGGUAGAAUCUUUGGACCUUGUACAGUCCACCAGCUAGGAGCCUCAUUUGCAUAUGAUUAUGAAUAUCUGGGUCAGGACGCCCCAUUGGUCAGUACACCGUUAAGUGACAGGUGUCAGCUGGCCAUGACAACUGCAUUGAGGAGUUUUCAGUGUGGGAUGGUGAUAGGACCAGAACAGACAGGAAAGACAGAGACAGUCAGAGAUCUGGCUAAGGUCAUGGGUCGUCACCUGGUGACCGUUAACUGUGCUGAAGAUACCAACAUGAAUGCACUGACUAGGCUCUUGAGUGGUAUGGUGCUUGCAGGAAGCUGGGUGAUGUACACCAAUCUGAAUCACAUGACAGAAGGUCUGAUGUCAGUGUUUGGCCAGAAGUUAGAUCAUCUGUGUCAAGCCAUCAGGAUUCUCCGGUCAUCAACAGACAACCAAUAUGGCAGCAGAGGCUUUUCGCGUCUGCCCAGACAGCGUAGAAAAUCUCUGGGAACACUCCACUCUUCAUGUCCCGAGGAGCAGCCAGAAACACCAAGAAGACGGGCCUCCCAUCAUCACAAGAAGGAUUCUAGAGCAAGGAGCUUCCACAUCUCCCAGGAUACUGUUAAUAAACCAAUACCUCAUCAUAUUCCUAACCUACCACAGCGUAGACAUUCCAUCGGUAUGCCAUCAGGGAUAUCUAGUAAGGAUUACUAUACUGAACAGUGUCAACCAAUUCCACUCUUCCCAGAAUUCCACAAUCAAGCCACCUCAAGCAACCAGGCAGACCCCCUAGACAUACCCAGCCUAUCCUCACAAUGGACCUACAAAUCCUCCAUCUUGGGCCAUGUCAAGUUUGACGGUGCUCUCAUGGCAGUUAGCAGUAACUUUGGAUGCUUUGCUACGCUAAAUACGACUAGCUCAGUCACCAGUAAAAUGCCUGAUACACUCAGGUCAUUAAUGCGUCCUGUCGCCAUGAUCAAACCAGACUUACGACUGAUACUGGAAAGCGCCCUCUAUUGCCGAGGAUUUCUCACAGCAGAUACUCUGGCAUCCAAGUUGUCCACGUUUUCUGAUCUUCUCCAUACACAGUUUCCUGAACGUUCAGAAUGUGUGUUUGGCCUUCGUGCCAUGCAAGCUGCUAUCAACAUUGCUUUAGGGAAACUCUACUCCAAGCGACAGGUGUAUCAGCUGUCAGGCAGGUCCACACGCAACAGCAGCAUUCUCAAUCAGGACCCAGCUACAGACAGUGAUUCCUUGGAUCCACCAGAUGUCAUUGGCCUGGAGCAAGAUGAGGAACAUCGGGAGGAAGUAGCUCUAGUCUACGCCAUCCAGCACCUCCUCCUGCCACGCCUCCAUAGCCCUGACCACACCCGUAUUGUUAGGAACCUUCUACGUAGCGUGUUCCCCUGGGGUGGGAUGGGUAGACCUAGCACUGGUAGCCAAGAACAUGAUCCGGUGCUAGUGGAUGCAGUACAGUGUCAAUUUGUAGCGGAUAGAUUGCAGGCAACACCACAGCACGUCUCCAAGGUCUUGGAGUUGUAUGACAGUCUGAAGCAGAGGUCAGGGGUCAUUCUUAUCGGUCCAUCAGGGAGUGGGAAGACAGUUUGUCGAGAGACACUGGAACGAGUGUUGAAUAUGCUGCAUUCCAGCCCUGCAGCCAAGGAUGAAGGCGGCAAUGGCACUUCUAAGAAAGUAUCUAUUGUGUCCUUCUCAAGUGAUACAUCAGAGCCCAGACGGUCAUCUGCCUUGGAUAAGAUCAGACGGACAGCGAAUGUCCUGGCCAAAGUCAAUCGGUCUUGGAUGGAAGUUGCCAGUCAAGGACUAGAGAAGACUGUCUAUCCAGCUGUAGAUGCUAGCGUCAUCUUUCCUGAUGCCUUGUCAGUAGAAGAGCUCUUGGGUAAGUAUGACUUAUCUGCCCACUCUUGGCGGGAUGGCAUCUUGACACGUCUCCUCCGUGACACCUCAACGUCCGCCUCUGCCGCUGAGGCCCUAGUCUCCGCCCAGACAGAGAAGAAGAACAAAGCUCUCUUGAACCCACCUAGUGUCAUCCAACGCUGGUUGGUCCUGGACGGUGCUCUGAACCCAGAUUGGACAGAGAGUAUUGGGUCGUUGCUAAAGGAAGACUUUAGGAAGAUGAACUUGGCACAUGGCCAACAGAUACCUAUGCCUGCUUCUUGUUCAGUCCUGUUUGAGACGACAGAUCUCUCCUCUGCUUCUCCUGCCCUGAUAUCUCGCUGUGGUAUCAUUUACUGUGGUAACGAUGUUGUCCGUUGGAAGUCACUAGCAGAAUCCUGGCUUGGAAGUGCCAAGUCACACUGGGAAGUCACUAACACCGGUGGCACUAACGUCUGCAGAUUGUUUGAACCUUGGCUUUGGUAUAAUACUCACGGGAAAAUUAACAAACAGCGCCUUCAGAUGCUGACCACCCUCAUCGAUGAAACCCUAGGCCCCACCAUCAACUUCCUUUCUCGCCGCUGCCAGCCAGCUCUCUCUGCAGACCUUCCUGUAUCUGCCGUUGCUAAGCAACGCAUCGUCAGUGGUAUCCAUGAGGUCUCCUCAUUCCUUCGCAUCCUGUCAGCACUGUGCGACAAAUUUCUCCUCCAGGAAGAAGAGGGGUCUGAUAGCAGCAGCCCAAUUUCAGAUGGUAGACCUACCCCAUCACCCACCCUCAACCAAUCAGCAACAGCCAUGGGUCACACCAGAGACGUCUCAGGACAACCUAACCCUACCACCUUGCUCCUGUCCAUGUUUGCCUUCAGUUACAUCUGGGGGUUUGGUGGCCACCUGCAUCACAGAUAUGCAGGAGCUUUUGACCAGUUUGCACGAGAGAUCCUCUCAAGGGCUAGCUUUGAUAUCCAUCUACCAGUAGAGGGCAGUGUUUAUGACUACUGCAUCGACCCUCAUCACGGUGUGUUGGUUCCCUGGGGAGAUAGGACUCAGGAAAAAGCUAAGACGCUACCCUCUGGCUACACCAUCAUCCCUGAGGUGGAGAGAUAUUUCAACAUCAUAGACCUUCUUGUCAGCUCUAACUUUCCAGUUCUUCUGACUGGUCCACCUGGUGUUGGCAAGACAGCACUUAUGCAGAACCUGGUACAUCCCAAGCAUUAUUUCCUCAAGACCAAUCUCUCUCCUGGCUUCAGCUGUCAAUCGUUUGAAGAUGCCAUCAUCAGUAAGCUCCGCCCACGUAGCAUUGCCAUGGCUGCUGUUGCUACGGGCGGUCGGCAACAGAAAUCCAGUUCCAGCCACCUCUUUUUUCUGGAUGAUUUGAAUUGUGCCAGGAUGGAUAACAAGACAGGUUGUCUGCCUUGCAAUGAUGUCCUCCGUCAACUCAUGAUCCAUCGUGGAGUCUAUGACAGACAGCGUCUUUUCUUCCAGGCUUUAGAGGAUGCCAAUUUCUUAGCAGCCUGUUCCCCACCAGGCACCCGAGGAACUGGUAGUGGGACAGCAUGUCAUCCGCUAUCCCCACGCCUAGCUCGUCUGUUCUGUGUUCUGUCCUUCUUCCCCUUGGGGUCAGGGGCGAUGGAUGCUCUGCAUAGACCUAACCUGCAAGGAUGGUUGGAGGAGUUUCCAGCAUACUCACUGGCUCAUCACCCUGAGAUGGCACAGGCCUUGCUGGUUGCUACACAAGACCUUCACUCAGCCAUCAAGUCCAGACUGGUUCCCACUCCUGUCAACCCUCACUACACAUUCUCCCUACACGAUGUCAACCGGGUAGUCCAGGGACUAUACCUUAUGUCACCUCACACCCGAGGCAGGCCUCGUCAUGGUAACCGAAGAGGGGGUGGGGCACGCCCCCAAGCGGCAGCUGGCAGAGGUCGGCGAGUCAUUGCCAAGGCAACCAACGGCCAGGCAGUGAAUGCUGCCCCACCUAUGAUGAGAACAGUGGUCAGACUCUGGUGUCAUGAAGCUACUAGGACCUAUUAUGAUAGGGUUGUCUCAAAGGAGGAUGAAUCCUGGUUCAGUAAACUACUGGAGCAGAUUGUGGAGAGACGGUUUUGUACUGGAGAGGAAAAACCACGAACACUCACACCAGUCAACAAUGCUGAAUCAUUCCAGUAUUUGGACAGUCCAGGGAGCAGUUCGCCUCUCUUUCUUUCCCCAUCACCAGGGUGUGGUUCUCUGCCACCCACUCCUUGUAGCUUUGCAUCUAGCUUAGCCUCUGAUGACGUUGAUGUGCUAGGACUUACUCCUGUCCCUAGUAGAGAUAUCACUGGAUUGUCAUCAGCAGCAAGAGGCACCGCCUCUCUGACAGAGGAAGGGGACGUUGAUUCAGAGAGGGACAUUACAUCUGCCACACCAUCAUUACAGUCCUCUGCAGGAAGCACAUUGACUGAACAGAGCAUCUCAGAAGAAGUAGACAAACCACCCACAGGAACAGGUGAAAUCAACGAUGCCCCAGCUAACGAGGAAUCCCGACCAAAACCAUCUACCCCUCCAGUCAUCACCACCCACCAGCCAACCCCUCCUCCUAAGUCCAGUCAACCCAAAGUCUUAACUCCAGCUAUUAAGGAUGGUCAGUCCAAACGCCGUGAGGGGGAUGCAGCCAGGCUGGGUACCAAGGGACGUAGCAGGGGGGUGACCUUCCAGAUUGGACCGGUUACAGACUCACUGGUGGAGAGAUACCGUGGGCCACUGUUAACCAUGGAUCAGAUUCAAAAGCCAGGAGAGAACCUGUGUGACAUUGUGUUUGCUAAAUACAUCAUCUCUGGCCAACGGGACACUGAACGAGGUUACGUUGAGUACACUGAGUCACAGCUUUUUGAGGGAUUACAGCGGAUUCUCAUGCAAUACAACAGCACAGCUACCCAGAGGAUGGAGUUAGUCUUCUUCAAGGAGGCCAUGAGACAUGUUGCUAAACUCACCAGAGUCUUUGCCACUCAAGGAGCCAAUGCCCUUCUGAUUGGUUUGACCUACGGCAUGGCUCGUUCCCCUCUCACCCGUGUUGCAGCGUUUGCUGCCCGCUGUAAGUUCUUUGAUGGUACAAUGAGCCAGGCUGCAGGGGAUAACCCAGCUAUCCUCCGUGACAAGAUCAAGAAAGCCAGUCAGGUGGCUGGAUUGAUGGGCAAACCAGCUGUACUGUCAGUCAGGGGAAGUUAUGGAGAGAAAUGCUUGCAGGAUGUUUGUGCUGUCAUGCUAGAAGGUACCUGUCCAGACCUCUACACUAAAGAGGAGCUUGACAACAUUACCUCCCAGAUGCUUCCAGGGGCAAAGGUCACAGGUCACAGGAACCAGCGCUUGGAGAUGGCACUAGAGAGAUUCUACAGAAAGGUCAUAGCAAAUCUUCAUGUGGUGGUUUGCAUUGACUGUGAAGAUAGUAGUUUGAGCUCCCUGCAUAAGUGGUUUAGCCGGUUCCCUGCUUUGCUGAAUACCUGCUGCUGUGUGGAUAUCUACCGGCCAUGGAGUCAUGAGGCAUUGGUAAACGUUGCUGAGCAGUGGUUGAGGGUACCAACUAUGGAUACUUAUACUAGGAAGACUUACCGAGUGCCUUGGUCCACUCUGAACUCCUCAGCUCAAGUGACUGCCAUCAGCCACGCUAUGGCUUACAUCCAUCGCUCAGCCAUGCAGGCUGUCACUCAACUCCACAGCAAACCAUUCAAAUUCUUCAGUCCGCUGACUUACAUAGAGUUCAUUGACCUCUUCAAAAACCUGUCCAGCAAGAUUGCCAAAGAAGAGAAGGCUACUGUUUUGAAGUAUGAGCGAGCCUUAGAUGCUCUGAAUGAGGCUUUUGAAUCCAUGGAUGGGUUUAAUCAGGAAUUGGAGAGACUCAAACCCCUCCAUCAACAAGCUGAGGAGAUGGCUGAGCUGAGAUUACAAGAAGUAGAGGAAUGUAAAGCUGUCUAUGCUGAGGCUAAAGGGAUGUGUAACCAAGAUGAGGAGGACAUUACCGCAAUGCAAGAACCUCUGCAGGAUAUGAAAAAACAGACUCAAGAUGAACUAGACAAGGUGAAUCCUGUUUACGAGGCAGCUUGGCAUGCCCUCAAGAGUUUGAACUCCUCUGAUCUGGAUGAAAUACGUACCUAUCGUGAGCCACCCCAAGCAGUGGUCAAAGUCGUCAGUGCUCUGUGUCUCAUGUUCAGAGAGCCCUAUGACUGGUUGAGUGGCAAAGCUCUGAUCAACCGUAACAACUUCUUCCAAGAUCUUGAGUUCUACGACAAGACGUCUAUCCCAGAUGACAUCUACCACAAACUGAAUAUCUUAUUCAUCCAAGAUCCAGCCUUCAAGCCAGAGAUCGUUCAAUGUUCCAGUAAGGCUGCUGCAUCACUGUGCCUUUGGGUUCAUGCUGUGUAUGCUUAUGCUUCUAUCCAUCGUAACAUGAGGCCAAGAAUACAGCAGGUAGAAGAAGCUGAGGCAAAGCUGCAUGAGGCUCAAGGUCAUCUUGGUGAGAAGAGGGUCAAAGCCCAGGAUGUUAAAGGUCAGUUGGAGGAGAAGGUCAAGCAGUAUAAAGAAGCGAUGCGUCUGGUGAGGAGCCUGGACAAAGGCAUCAAGAGCAUUGAGACCAAGAUUGCUCGGGCCAACUCACUGAUGACCAGCAUGGCUACUCAACAUGCUACCUGGAAGGGACAACUAGACCAUGCCCACAGUAACAUCAAGACUGCACCCGGUGAUGCCCUGUUGGCAGCAGCCUGUGUGUGUUAUCAGGGUCCCUUAGACCAAGCCAGUAGAGAGAAGUUGAUGAAGGAUUGGUUGGAGAGAUGUCGUAGCGGCAAGUUUCUGGAUCAGGCUAGAGGGUCAUCAGGAUCUCUGAUAUCAGGAACUGAGGAGCUACCUACAACAAAAGUCAGAGUGAAGCUGCCAGAUGAUAGCCCAGAGACCAAGAGGGACAUGUCUGUUGAGAACGUAAGAAAUUUCGACACACUAUUCUGA